AUGUUCCAACCCACAGCCAGUGCAAAUCCCGCAGCCACAGCGACGGUGUCAGUGAUCAACCUAAGCGUCGUGUCGGAGGAGCACAUGCCCAGGAGAAUCAUCGAUGUGGAUUGGAAUCGACAUCAUCUAGCUGCUCUGGAAUGGGAGCACCGCCACGAGCGGCGCCUGAACCAGCGCUUGAGUGAGUAUCACAGGAACCUGGAGAAACGUGGUCAAGCACCCUGGGUUGCUCUUGGCCAAAGCAAGGCGGAUGCCGACUACCCAGAGCCUCGAAGCAGGUCAAGUGGCAGUGCUGUGCCAGCAGUGCCCAGCCGAUCGAGUCUUGGUGGUGCAUCAACAGGCAUGGCUCGCAGUCCAUCCACAUCUUUGUCCAAUCUGUGGCGCCGGGCGCUUCAAAGUGGUAGCACCAACUCCAGCGCCUCAGAACGCACCUUGGAACGGCUCCAAGCCAGCGAGGCUUGGCAAAAAGCUUGUGCGAAAGUUGGCCAAGAGGAGCUGAUCGAUCUGGUUGGGCAUGUCCACGGGCAGAUCCUGGAUGAGCGGCGAAAGCGCCGAGAGGCACAGAAGCUGCUUCCCACAGGUCACAGCCCAGGCGCCCUGCAGAGUCAGACUGGGCCCAGGUUGACAUCCCCGGCGAUGCCCAAGGUAAAGGAGCUGGUGAGCUAAGUGCCGCGGCUGUGGGUACGACAUGGUACAACCACGACACAGACAUGGAAACCCAUGGCCCAUCUGCAGGUUUCCUAUGACAUGGGG